AUGCCGCAGCGCGCGCCGACUUCGUCAAACUUGAUGCGACCGUUCGUCGUGUUGGCCCUGCCCGGAAUGUAUUUGCUGUAUAAGUACAACCAGUACCGUCAGCAGCAAAUGGAGACCGCGCGGCGCCGAGUCACCGAGCGCGAGCUUAUGCACCUCAACACGAAAAUCGUUGGCAAAGAUCCACUCGAAUCGAAUGACAAUAGACUCGAUUUUAUACUUGUCAUCAGCACAACCGAGAGAAGUAAUCUCUAUUGACACUACGUCAAUAGACCAUCGAAAGAUGAUUGUAGGAGAGCUGUGGCAGAUAUCCCAGACGAUCCUCCAGAUAAAAUUUGUAAAAAACCAUGUGUCACAAAAACAAAAAAACCAGGCAUCCUUCACAGGAUAAAGCUGAAGGUCUUAGAAGGUGGCUCAAACUUUGGAACUCCAUUUCGGAUGCUUAAAUGUAAAGAACCGGAACGCGAGAAGCCGCCUAAAGCGCUUCCGCCUCCAAAGAAACCGGCAGCUCCGGUGCCGGUAUAUCGGCAUGGCAUGCAGGUGUCCAUACUUGGAGCUGAUACACGAAUAGGACAGUAUGUGGCGUUGUUGUUGAAACAGUGUCCUUGCAUUAAAAAGUUGCGUCUUUACGAAGCCAUGGAUACUAAAGGUUGCACUCGCAACGUGUGCCAAGUUGUACAUGACCUACAGCAUAUCAAUACGAAUUGUCUUGUGGAACCAUUCAGUUGUGCCUGUUGUGAGCUAGAAAGGUGUUUACAGAACUCCGACAUAGUCCUCAUACUGGAAAGUGGUUAUGUGAACAUGGAUAUGAAGUUCGAGCAGCGGUUCUACUGUCAAGCACCACUAGUAAAGUGCUAUGCGGACGCCAUUGCUAACGAAUGUCCAAGAGCCUUCAUCAUCGUUUGUGCGUCGCCUAUAGACUGUAUGGUACCUUUAGUCGCUGAGACUUUAAAAGAAACAGGCUGGUACAAUCCGCGGAAACUAUUAGGAUCUGUGGCUGUGCCCGAAAUGCGUGCGAGCACCCUGGCGGCAUGUGCCCUGGCUCUAGAACCUCGGUACACGCGGGUGCCUUGUGUUGGUGGCACCGAAGGUGCUUCACUUGUGCCGCUGUUCUCUAGAGCUGUGGAAUUUUUUGAAUUUGCUGAGAACAAUGCGAUGUUAAUGACUGAUGCAGUUCGUUGCGCUCCAACUGCGGUGAAGAGGGUCGAGGGUAACUGCAGUAGAGCAGCAGACCUGAGCGAGGCCCAUGCUUUAGCUAACUUGGUGACUAGUGUGGCUCACGGUCUCUUAUGUCAUGACGUACCCAUUGUGUCAGGCUUUGUGGAGUCAGAUCCAAGUCAAGUUAUUUCACCAGCAAGAUACAUCUCGAACCAUUUGGAGAUAACUGUCGCUGGCGUCGGUAACAACUUGGGCCUACCGAAGAUGACUGACUCAGAGACUGCAUUACUCGAUUUAGCUGUAAGCGAGUUGUAUUCCAAGCAGAAGAUGGUAGAAGAAUGCGAAUUUUCUGCACAACAAGUAGUUCUGAGUGGUACGGGAAUUGUCAAACAGUUUGACUUACCCUCAAAACUCAGUUCACUUGAACUUGAAUACCUUGCAAACGCGUUGGACAUAAUGAGAGCUAGCGUCAGAGUGGCCAAAGAGUGGCAUGCUGAAUAUAGGAAAAUGGAUGAGCUAACGGGUCGAAAAAUAGCGCGGACUAAUUUCUUACUACCGAAACACUACGAUCAUGUAGAUGACUGCAUAACUUGUAACUCGUGUUAA